CCGAAGCCCAUUUACAGCCCAACUGCUCAACCAAUAGAGACGGCAGACGAGUCUCCACAUCCUGCCUGAAUCGCGCGAUCGUCUUGGUCCUGGACGCCGCCGACGAGUCUUAGGUACUUCCUCUUCUCCUCCCCAAUUCUUCCCCUCAUCUCCUCCAUCCAUCUCCCUUCAUUCACUUCGUAAAUCGUCGCCGUACGAGAUCGGAAAUCGGAAUGGCUCUGCUGUUUUUCAGUGGCCGCACGCAACCUGAAAUUGUCUCCCUGGUUUCGUUUCUCGAUUAUGUUGUGCUUGUCCGCUUGCAAUCUGUGAAAGUGGUGCAUCCAAGAUAUUGAUAAGCACCGUAGGUGAUGAACUAUGCCGGGGCUCUCAUUGCUGCCAUAGUCGCUGUUGGGGCUCUCGGUACGAUUGCACUAUGCCGCCCAGGGGCUGCUGCAUGGUCAGUGAGCGCACACGAGGAGUGCAGGUGGCUCUCACACAUGGUCUUCUUCCAAGGGAAGCUCUACGCUCAUGACAGCAACACUGACCCUGAGGAUCUUAUUGCCAUUGACAUUGUGGAUGAUCAUGACUGCCACGAGCCAAGGGUGUCUAGAAUUGAGCUCCUCAUUGUAGGUGCCUUCUUGCCAACCCAAAAAUAUUUCCUCUGCCAGUGCUACCUCCUUGAAUCACAUGGCACACUACUAAUGAUCUGCAGAAAGCUUUACUACAAAGCAGAGCACCCAUCUGAAAGAAGACACGGCGGCAUUCUUGUGGCUGGUAGCAGCGAGUUUAAAGUGUUUGAGGAGGGCUUGUGGUCUGAGGUGAGGACUUUGGGGAAUGACCAAGCGUUGUUCCUUGGGCGAGGGUGCUCGAGAGCUAUAUGUGUGUCUCCAUACGAUCUUUCACGGGACUGUCUCUUCUUCGUAGAUGAUUACAUCGAUUGGCUUUGGAAGAAAACAACUACAUCUUGCGGAGUGUAUGACAUGAAAUAUGAGAAGGGCUAUUCGCCCUUGCCUAUGGUAUCUUGGAAGAGUGGAGAUGCCCCAGCAACCUGGCUUUUCUCACAAGGUGAGACACAUAGUUUGCAAGCAGCAGGGGAGCAUCUGCAGGAAAUUGUGGAACCUGAACAGGAUGAUCCUCAUACGCUUCACUAUGGAGGGACUUGUGCUGCCGGUGCUUCUACUGCUCAGCGAAACUGCUAGGAAGGGUUAAAGAAAUCUUCAUGUAGCCAUGUUUUCCUACACAAAAGGCUAUGACGGUACCCAGACGCGCUUGGAUAUCACUAGCUGGGAGCUGCAUGAAAACAAUGCCUGGCCUG